UUGUAUAUUAGGGCUACUUCCAUCACUGGUUACAGUUAAACUACCAAACCAAACGGCUUUCAUAGGCGGAGAUAUCAAUGCAAACAGCCCACCUACCUCUUUGGUUUUGCUGAUCCAAAUUCAACUACAAUACACACCCAUUCAGAUCCCUUCUCUUCAGUUUUCGAUUCAUUUCAUUGAUACCCACGUUAUUUUCAAUUCAGAAAUCCUCAAUUCCACUCGUAUUCACGACAGGCAAAACAAGUAGAAAAUGAUUCAACAAACCCUUCUAAAACCCUCUUAUUCUUCAAUCUCAAACCCACCUCUCAAAACCCCACCAAAAUCAUCCUCACACUCAUCGACCCAUUGUUACAAUCAUACGAGUUGGGGCUUGCGAAUUGUGGGUUCAUCAUCAUCAUCAUCAAAUACCGAAUCCAAAUCGCUAAAUGGGGCAUUCACUGGCAGAGAUCCGAACGUGAAGAAGCCGGCGUGGCUGAGGCAGAGAGCGGCGCAAGGAGAGAGGUUUGAGGAGGUUAAGCAAUCACUUUCUCACUUGAAUCUCAACACUGUCUGCCAGGAAGCACAAUGCCCCAACAUUGGAGAGUGCUGGAAUGGAGGCGGGGAUGGCAUUGCAACUGCAACAAUCAUGCUUCUUGGGGAUACCUGCACUCGUGGCUGUAGAUUUUGUGCUGUGAAAACCAGUAGAAACCCUGCACCACCUGACCCAAUGGAACCAGAAAACACUGCUAAGGCCAUUGCAAGUUGGGGUGUGGAUUACAUUGUUCUAACAAGUGUUGAUCGUGAUGAUCUGCCUGAUGGUGGAAGUGGCCAUUUUGCUCGGACUGUUAAGGCUAUGAAGAAAUUCAAGCCUGAGAUCAUGGUUGAGUGUCUAACUUCUGAUUUUCGAGGUGACUUGAGUGCUGUAGAAACUCUGGUGCACUCAGGGUUAGAUGUUUUUGCCCACAAUAUUGAAACUGUAAAACGGCUUCAGAGAAUUGUGCGAGAUCCUCGAGCUGGGUAUGAGCAGAGCUUAUCAGUUCUAAAACAUGCAAAACAUAGCAAGGUGGGGAUGAUAACAAAAUCAUCUAUAAUGUUGGGUCUUGGGGAAUCUGAUGAUGAGUUGAAGGAAGCCAUGGCUGAUCUAAGGGCCAUAGAUGUCGACAUUUUGACACUUGGACAAUAUUUACAGCCAACUCCAUUACACCUUACUGUCAAAGAGUAUGUUACCCCUGAGAAGUUUGCUUUCUGGAAGGAAUAUGGGGAGUCAAUUGGAUUCCGUUAUGUUGCUAGUGGACCCCUGGUUCGAUCCUCAUACAGGGCUGGGGAGCUCUUUGUUAAGUCCAUGGUACGAGAAAGGGCCAGUGCCAGUGCCACUGCCAGCAUAGCUUAGCAAGUAUUUUGGCCAUUGCUUGCAGACUGUCCACAUGGAUGGCUUCUAGGGCAACCAGAGCGCUGAUAGGGGCCCUACUUGAAAGAGGUUUCCAUAACUCAUUCAAGGAUCCAAAUUUUGAAGACCCAGCAUUCAUUUCAUUCAGGAUUAUUAUUAUUAUUAUUUUAUGUAUAUCAAUUCGUGUUGCAGUAGCCCUCUUCUCUUCCAAUAUUAAUCCUUUUUUGUAUCCUAUUGAGAAAAUCAGCCAAAAUUAUGGGUCCAAAUCAAACCCUUUUUCCAGCAAAGGGGUGUUGAUGCUAAGUAAUGGUCCAUUUCAAAUAAAAGUAAACACAUCAUUAAAUGUCUCA